CUUCAGCAGUCUACAACGUUGAGUUCGCAUUAGACAAGAGUACAGUGAAGCCGCUGGCUUGGAUCCUGCUACAGGAUGAAAAUGUGCAUGGUGGGAGCGGUUUGUUAGUGAUGCGAUCGCAGCGCCAGCACAAAUAGCCCCGCAAGUACCAAAUUGCUAUAUUUGGUUUGGGUAUACAGCGUCACAACUUUACAUUGGCUCGUCGCGGGCCUCGAGCGCCAGCACCGGGUGCACGCUCCAGAGCUCGCAGCACGUCGCGUCGCCUUGCUUCCGAGCGGCUGGCAACAUGGCUGCGGGGAGCUCCUCUGUCCUGAGCAGCUUUCUACUGAACCUUUACAUCUGCCUUGGCUGUUUUGGGGCGUUCGCUUGGUUUCGCGUAACUCCAUGGGCGAGGCGCUUCUUCAGUCCGCGAAGGUUUGCGACAGAUCUGGACCUGAAGCCACUGCGGCUUCCCAAUGGAUGGGUCAGCUGGAUCCUACCUGUCAUUCGCUACAGAGAGGAGGACAUCAUUGAUGAGGCGGGCUUGGAUUGCGCCAUUUACCUGCGCAUCCUCCGCUUUGGCAUCUUUCUGUUCCUCGGGGCCUCGCUCUGGUGCAUUAUUGCUGUGUUACCAGUGAAUAUGACCUCGGGAGAGAUUGAUCGACUACUUGCACAGCCGGAAAGCAACAAUGGUACAGUUGUGAAUGGGCAGGAGUACAAGUUCACGGACUUUGACAAGUACUCGCUGUCUAACGUGGAGGGCGGCAGCGCCAAGAUGUGGGUGCACGCCAUCUCCGUGUACGCCGUCGUGCUGUACACCAUCUGGCUCCUGUCCCGCUUCAACCGGGAGUCGGUGCUGCUGCGCCUGAUGUUCCUGGGUAACGCCAAACGCGGCGGCCCCAGCCACACCGUGUUGCUCACCGACGUGCCAGGCAUCAGCGAGGCGGUGUCUAAGAAUGCCAAGCUGGAGCGCGAGGCCUCCAAGAGUGCGCGCAGCGGCAGCAAGGGCAAGGGGCGGUCCGGCAGCGGCGGGUCCAACCCGUCCCUGGCGGUGGAGCUGGUGGACAAGGGCACGGACACGGCGGGGCUGGAUGGAGCCGACGGUGAUGACGUGGACGUGGAGGCGGGGCGGGCCAAGAAGGGUGCCGGCAAGGCGGCGGGCGGUGGCCUCUUCAGCUUCUUGGGCUUCGGCGCGCGGCCUGCUGCGCCAGCUGACGCCAAGCAGCAGCCAGCAGGAGCACCUGCGGCCACGGCGGGCAAGGACGUGGUGGCUAAGGGCACCUCCAUCACAAAGGAAGCCUCGACUGCACCUCCCCUGCCGGCCGCCGCUGUCAAAGUGAAAACGACGAACGUGAUGUCCACGCCCACCUCAACCUCCUCCUCGGGAGGCGAACCCGCCUCCUCGGACCUGCCUAUGCUGCGCCCCACGCCGCCGCUGCAGCAGCAGCAGCAGCAGCCGAUGUGGGGCGGCGCCAAGGUUAUGUCCCACAGCGCGAGCGGGGCCUAUUCCCGCAACUCCGCCUUUACCACCACCAGUGCCGGCACCACGCCGCCACGCGUCAGCGCCGCCGGCUACCCCGGCGCUGCCGCCCCUGGCUUUGCCACGCUGACCCUGGCCAACGGCGUGGGGGCGCCGGAGGCCGCCGAGGACGCGUCGGUGCAGCGUCGGCGCGAGGAAGCUGUCGCCGCUGCGGCGGCGGCGAUUGCUAAGCUGGCCCCACUGAACCGGACUGAGUCUGCGUCCUCCAUCACCCUCACAGUCCCCCAAGGUGCAGCAGGCGCUGCGGGCGGUGCGGCAGGCGGUGAGGACGGCAACGACGGUCCGCCCAAGAGCAGCGAUGGCGGCCUCCGCCGCCGCCGCGUUCAGCCCAGCCCGGCCGACAUCGCGGCGGUGGCCGCGGCCGCUGGGUUUGCAGAGCUGGGCGACGGCGCCGUCGACGACGACGAAGAGGAGUGCGGUGACGUCACUGGCGGCGCCCAGCCGGCGCUCCCGCAGUCCUACGGCGCCGCCGAUGGCGCUAAUGGCGCCUCGCCCAAGGCACCAGCCACGGAGGCCGCUGGCGGGGCCGCUGCCACGGGCACGCCGUGUGCGGGAGAUGAUGUGGAUGAGGAGGCGGUGGCGGCGGCGGCCACGGGCGGCAAGCUGGAGCAGCCGCGUGUGCCGGGGGCUCUGUACGGCGACGCGUUGGUCGCGGAGUUGGACGUGCCCGAGCCGGAGAACAACAUGGCUGUGCUGCCGGAGUGGGGCGUGGACCUGUCCCCGCUGGAGCCCAGCCGCCGCACCACCAAGCGCUACAACUACGACCUGGCUGACACCUCGCUGGACGCAGUGGCGCAGGCGCGAGCCAAGCUCAAGGGCGUGACGCCGCAGCAGAUGAUUGCGCGGGAGUUCGCUCUGGUGUACCAGCCUACCACCGUUUCGGCCGUCAACGUGAUCCAGGACACGGGAGGGCUGGAGCCGCUGGUGGAGGAGUACAACAAGAUCCGCGAGGAGCUGGAGGACUACCUGGACAUGCUGCAGCUGCGGCUUAAGCUGAGGAAGAAGGCGGAGCCGAAGGUGCUCAGCAAGCUGGGCAUGGCGUACGGCGAGUGGGGCAAGUCCUACUUUGGCACCAAGUGGUUUAAAAAGGUGGACGCCGUCACCUUCUGGCUGGACCGGCUGAGGUACCUCAAGGGCCAGAUCAUUGAGCAGCAGGCCAUCGCGGCCAAGAAAGUGGCGCCCUCCGCCUUCAUCACCCUCAAGACCCGCCAGGCCCAGGCCGUCAGCUCCAACUCCAUGCACCACCACAACGUGACCACCUGGCGCGUGCAGGGCGCGCCCGCGCCCUUCGAGGUGAUCUGGAAGAACCUGGCGCUGACGCUGCCCAUCAAGUCCGGCCGCAACUGGAUCCUGUGGGCGGCCUUCUGGGCCAUGACGCUGUUCUUCAUGAUCCCGGUCACGCUUAUCCAGGCCAUGAUCGAGGUGCCCAAGCUAGCGGCCAUCCCGGUGCUCGGUGACAUCGUGACGGCGCCGGUGGUGAAGCAGCUGCUGGAGGCCAUCGUUCCGGGUCUGGCGCUCAAGGUGUUUCUGGCCGUCGUGCCCAUCAUCCUGCGCAUCAUGGCCAUCCAGUCCGGCGCCACCUCCCUGUCGGAGGUGGACUUUGGCGUCACCAGCCGCUUCUUCCUCUUCCAGGUGGUGGUGGUCUUCUUCGGCAACAUCAUCGCCGGCUCCUUCUUCAACCAGGUCACGCAGUUUGUGAAGAACCCCACCGGCGUGUUCAACAUCCUGGGCAAAGCCAUCCCCAUGACGUCAACCUUCUUCAUCACCUACGUCAUCACAAACGGCCUGUCCGUCAAGUCGCUGGCCUUCCUGCGCCUGCCGGGCUUUGUGAUCUUCUGGCUGCUGUCCAAGUUCGCGGGCAGCCCCCGCGCGCGGCAGCGCAUGUGGAUGUACCAGUACACGGACAACGGCACCACAGUGGUGGACCACACAAUCGUCGUGCUCAUCGGCCUGACCUUCUGCUGCAUCAACCCCAUCGUGUGCCCCGCCGCGAUGGCCUACUUCCUGGUCACGUCCAUCGGCGAGCGCUACAACAACAUCUACGUCUUCAGGCGCCGUUACGAGAGCGCCGGCAAGCUUUGGAAGACGGUGUACAACCAAGUCAUGAUCGGCCUCUACAUCAUGCAGAUCACCAUGCUGGGCCUGCUGGCCAUCAAGAAGUUCAAGGCCACGCCCGUGCUGUUCCCGCUGCUGUUCUUCACCAUCGGCUGCCACAUCUCCACCCUCAGCCUGUACCGCCGGCCCUGGUCUCUGACGGCGCUGCACGACGCCGCCGACCUGGACAUGUGGGAGGCCCAGCGCCGCCGCCAGGAGCUGAUGGAGGCGGCCAAGAAGGAGCGCAAGGACGCUGCGCGCCGCCGCGUGUUGGCGCUGGCGGCCACGUCCGCGGAGGAGGGCCGCGCGCUGCUGCUGCGCCGGCCCAUCCGCAUCGGCAAGACCGAGCUGCGGCUGCGGCGCGCGGCCAAGGACGACGCGGCGGCGCUGGAGCUGACGCCGGCGGAGCAGCGCGAGAUUGCGGACAUGUACAAGAACCCCUGCUUCAAGGUGGCGCUGAGCGACCUGGACGAGGUGGCGGCGCUGGCGGCCGACCUGAUUCCCCGCGUGGCGCUGCUCAACACCUGGCUGGCCGAGGUCAAGCAGCACGCCAAGAAGACCAAGGCCGCCAAGAAGGCCGGCAAGGGCGACGCCGGCGGCGCCUCCAGGCCGCCGGCAGCGCCGGCCGGGCUGAACGCGCCGCCGGGCGAGCUGGCGGCGGCGGCGGCGGCGGCGGAAGCUGGCGGGAAGGUGCUGGAUCCCAGCCGGCCGCCGCCGGAGGUGACCAAGUACGACUUCAAGCCGCCGCUGGAUGUGGAUGACGAUGACGGGGCCUCGCAGUAAUGAAAACCACAGAAGCCGGAGCACUAAAAGCGAUGAGGGGCAGCUAGCCCGUGUGUGCUACGGGGCCGCCCGCAGGUAAGCGGGCACACGCAACGCGAUGCACACGGAGGUGGCCGCUGUAUGUGUGUCAAGACAGCCCAUGGGUAAGGGCACGAGGGACUUAACCCCCUAGUUCAUGGUUGGGUCGCCUGUGUGUGUAUCGAAGCUAGCACAUGGUGGAAGUGCGUGUGUUGCGCAGUGUGGCGCUGUGGUGUGCGUACAGUCGGAGGGCGUCGUAUUUGAUGGACUCGUACACUUGUUUUGUUGGCUAGCGGAAUGGGCAGCCCUAAAGAAACCCCCCUCCCGACUUCACUUCUUACUUAAUCAUGAAUGUAACUCCCGCCCCCCAGUUUGGUUUAGUAUGGGCUGGUAUUCACAACCCCGCCCUCCAUCUGGAGCGGUUUAAGAGAAUCGUUCAAGAUGCUCGGCCCUACGAGGCCUCGAAGGCUCUGUAUGCUCUUUGUUAUGAGGUUGAAGUGUCAUGUGGCUCGUGAUGAGUGUGAUGGCUCUGGAUGAAUAAAUAACAGGAUGCCCGGAUGUGUCCAUGUAUGAAGUUACGAGGCACCACAGGGAUAGAGCGAAAGCUUACCGUAUUUGACUGGGUGUGGUAGGUGAUCAUUUGGACGUCAAAGUACGUGCAUAGCCAUCAUGUCAUUCAUGUGCGGUCCAUGUGGACCUGCCGUGUGUGUCGACUGUUUCCAGGUGAGCCCAGAAGCCUAGGCUUUCUGCAGGCUUCCCCUGAAGCGAACGGGAUUCAAGAAUUGGAUGCAGUGGCGCUAGUACGAUUUACUUCCGGUCUGAGAUCUCUUUGCGUGUGGGCAUUGCCUGAGUGCCCUGGUCUUGGGGCAUGCUAGUAUCUAUUAUUGAAGGCUGGCCAUCGGAGACCGACGUCAGGCACGUAGGCACAUGUGUACAACAAGCCUGCCUCAGGCGCUGCCCCUUUCUCGGCGGGUGGGGAGUCCGCGACCUGCAUGACUUGACGGUGGUUGAGUGGGUCCAUCGCGAUGGAACAUGGCAAGGGGCAGGAAAGCGUAGUCCCGAUGUGUGUGGCUCCCACCCGUGCCCACAUAAAUGCGUAGCAAGAAGGGACAAGGCAAGUGUAGUGCGACCGAGCGAC